CGUACCAGCCUUGUACGUAAAAGGACGCGCACGCGUUCCUUAUUUCCAGUUACGUUCGCUCGCUUAUUUGCCUCUGAUGCCAUGGAACCCUCCAAACAGGCACUGCCUUUGUCAGUGUUAUUACGUGGAUAACUGAUGUAUGCUUUUCUUAGAAUCGGUGACAGUUGGCAAGCAAGCGUUACUACGCACAUUAUAUUGUCAAGACAGUUUUAUGCCAACCCACCCAGCACAGAACAACGAAAAUAUGACUUUUAAACCCAAAUUAAAUGUCUACAUGAGGAUGUAACAGGACAACCUUUGCUUACAAAUAAAUGGAUGAGCAAAAAGCGUUCACUCCAGGCUACACUUUUCUACAUUAGUUCUCUGUAUGCCUCACUGGCUGCGUAAUAAAUGUGAAACUACAGAGAGCGGCCCCUCCCACAUGAACAGGCAGGGAUAGGAAGAGUACUUCCUGUGGGUUUCGUGCUGUGAUCUGUUUCUUUAGAUUAGACACUUGUGUAACUUUCUAUAAGGAGAGUCUGCUUAGUUCAUGCUUUUCUUGAUUUUGCCUAAUUCUCUCUGUGCCAUGGAACUUUGACAAAGUGUUCUGAGAGUGGGGGAGUGCGGUCGUUCUAACUGCAGCAAACAUGCACUACUACCGGUACAGCACUGCAGAAGUCAGCUGUUGUUAUAAGUACCUCCUAUUCAGCUACAAUAUCAUAUUCUGGUUAUCUGGAAUGGUUCUUUUAGGAGUUGGUUUGUGGGCUUGGAGUGAAAAAGGAAUAUUGUCCGAUAUUACAAAAGUGACACGUCUCCAUGGGUUUGACCCAGUUUGGUUGGUCCUGGUGGUUGGUGUAAUCAUGUUUACUCUAGGCUUUGCUGGCUGCGUUGGUGCUCUACGAGAAAAUAUCUGCCUUCUGAAAUUUUUUUGUGGUGCCAUAGUGUUGAUUUUCUUCAUGGAGCUCGCUGUUGCAGUUCUGGCCUUCCUCUUCCAGGACUGGGUGAAAGACAGAGCUAAGGAUUUUUUUGAGAACAACAUAAAAUCAUACAGAGAUGACAUUGACUUGCAGAACCUCAUAGAUUCCCUUCAAAAAGCGAACCAGUGCUGUGGUGCUGUGUCCCCAGAUGACUGGGACCUGAAUGAAUACUUCAACUGCAGUAUUGAAAAUCCAAGCCGUGAGAGGUGUGGUGUACCUUUUUCCUGCUGUGUUCCUGAUCCAGCUCAAACAGUUGUGAACACACAGUGUGGCUAUGAUGCCCGCAAAAAGAAGCCCAAUGAGAGACCCAAUACAACAUUUUCGAAAGGCUGCAUAUCUGCAAUGGAGGCAUGGUUACCGAGAAACAUCUAUAUUGUGGCUGGAGUUUUUCUAGUGAUCUCUGUUUUACAGAUAUUUGGUAUUUACCUUGCUCGGACACUUAUGUCAGAUAUCGACGCGGUAAAGGCUGGCUAUCGCUUUUAAGGACAAUCUUCUUCAUUUGAAGUCAUUACAGAGACCUUCUUUAUUACUCCCACCUUGUAAAUUAUUGCCACCAUUAAUAACAAUCUGCAGAAUUCCCACUUUUGCACAGAAGACCCAUUUUAAUUCCCUAGGAUUUACAUGCGUCCUGUGAAAUGUAUAAUGGUAGACUUGAAGUGUUAUUGUUAAUCUCUAGUGAUUCAUUCUCCCUCCUGGAACCUCUCCAAGAAGAGACUCCCUACUUUGCUUUAAAGAAACGUUCCCUGGAACUCUCUACUAUUUUGAGUUUACAUGUUUUCCUUCAGAAUGUCUUCAGUGCUGGAAUGUCGGCCCUGAUUACUUAUUGAUGGGCAGUAAACAUUCAAAUUAAUUAUCUGUCCAAAGAUCUAAGGCAUUUACCUUCAUCUAACAAUAUCAUUAAACUUUUUUAAACUGGACGAUUUCCAAAUUCACCAAUGUCUUACCAACUUAAGAAAUGUCCACUUAUGUCUGUUAUUUUGCCAUGGAUUUGUAGAGGUAUAACAUAACUUUUGUUUACCAAUAUGUCAUUAAGGAGUUAUGUUUUACUAUACAAUAUUUAGUGAAUUUGAUUUGAAUCAUUACCUUCAUUAAUUAUUUAUGGAAAGGAAACACGUCCACAAAGUCGUCCACUGAAAUCUUCAGUUUAAAAUCUAAAAAGAUGAGCGACCUGCUUUAUGCACAUUUUCCUUACAGUUUGACAUCAAGAGUUAUAAGUGUGGGAUUUGACUGCAGUUCUUUGUAAUUCACUCUUGGAGAAAUUUAGGAUACCCCAAAGGAAUAAUUUCUACUGUGAAAGGCAAAUACGUGAUUCUCUGUUGAUAAAAAGGAUGCAACUCAUUUAGUAGUUUCAUUCUUAUUUUUGAAAACCACUAUAUUAGGGCAGGAUAAUGGUUAUUUUACCGGAGAAUCAGUUGUAGUAUAAUGUUUAUUUUUUAAACAAAUUUUUUUUAUAAAAAGAAAAAUUAUAGCUGUAUCUAUUGCUUUAUAGAUAUUCACAGAAGUUUAUACAUAUAACCAAUUUGUUUUAAAUAUACAAAAUAUUAUAUACAUACAAAUACCAAGGGCUGUGUGCGCCCAUUUGGAGUUAUUUCAUUCUAAUGGUUUCCCGCAUGAACAGAAAGGGUCAAAGCUGAUAAAAAUCAGCUUGGCACUUGUAAAUUGCUGGGAAGGGUCUUACUCCAUUUCCAAGUUCAUACUGAGCUGGUCCUGUGUUUAUAGCCGUGUUUAAAGAUAAUGCUUGUAGCGGGCUGAGUAUGGGCCACAUGUCACAUCUUGCUGCAGUUGCACUGCAAUUCACUGAUUGGCUAAUCAUGGUUUGCAGAACCAUUGCACAGCCUACACGUGUUGAUGGGUGUAUGUUUGUGUUCCAGAGAAGGCAAUAAACCAUGUACUGUGGUAUAUUUAUAAAGGUUUGUCAAAUAUUUUGCAGCAGAAAUGGUGUACAUUAUGUAUUUAAACCUCAGCUGUAUAACUAGAUGAUUUUUGUACACUGCAAUAUGGUGUUAAGUGGUGGUUUGGUGUGUUUCAAGCUCUGUUUUAUACACACUCUUAUAAAUAUACCCAGUUAUGUAAUCCCUAUGUGUUUAUUGGUCAUAGUUUAUUGUUUAAAAGUUGACAGUUAUUCAACAGAUGUUUUUAGCAAUGUAAAAAAAGAGAAACUGCAAUGGUUAACCCUCCUAAGGACAAGUUUUUUUCCUUUGGUAUGCUGCAGGUUUAACACUCAAGUUCCUAAAAGGCAAAUUAGGGGAUAUACAUUUAUACAUUUAUACUAUAUGUUUUUGCCCAUCUGAGGUGCAGUCCCCAACAAUUGCAUACAGCAGUACUAAAAAUUUGGAAUAUGUUGUGACUUUACUUCAGUGGUAUACCUGCAGUUGAAAUGCUUCAAGAUGCAUCUCAGUUUGUCAAUCACAGGUGCCCAGCUUUAUUCCUAAUCAACAAUCUGUCCCCCGUUUUAUUUUCUUGCGCUGCAUUCCAUGCAAUGCUGUGCUUAGAACAAAACCUCAAAUAUUUAUUUUAACUUAUGUACAUAUACCCUCAAGCCAACAAUAAACAAUGUGUUUGCAGUCAAAGUCAGUUUUCAGUCAAGUUCAAAGUCUACAGGCAUUGCUUAUGUUUAAGUGCAGAUCAGAUCUUUCUAUGAACAUAACUCCAGCAACAUGGUGGUGUAAUGUUGAAUACAGGCUUUACAAAUUAUGCUUCAAAAAGUGCACAGCAAAUAAACUGGGCACCUCAUUUAUUAUUAGCUGAGAAACACACGCACAUUUAGAGUAAUCAAUAUCCUUGUGCAUGUUGCUGGGAAUUAUGUGCAGACCCUGUCGUUAACAACUAACUUUUUCCAGACAUUAUGGGGGUUGUUUACUAAACUUCGAAUUGAUCCCAUUAUUUUAUUUAAAAAAACAUGACAAAACUCCCAUGCCCGAUUUGACCUUAUUUAUUAUUUAAAAAAACAAUCGGAUCGGGAAAAACAACUGAUACAAUUGAGUGAAAAUUCGAAUAAUCUGAUUUUUUUCAGACUUUUUUUGCGAAUCGCUCUCUUUUUUGGGGGUUUUGCAGUGCAAACCAUGUUCACUUCAAAUUGAGAUUGGUGCCCCGCCCAGUGAGUUAUACUGAACCUUGACAGUUUUUUUUUUUUCCAGUUUUUGUCCCAAAAAGCCAGACCAUAAAAAUAACCAAAAAACAAUCAACUGUGUUCCCUUUGGGCACAUAAUUGGAUGGCAUGUUGAAUAAAGCCCAUGCCUUUGUUGUGUGACAUUCAUGAUGACCUGGUUGCUAGCCUUCCAUCUGCAUUUUAGAAGGGCAGAAAGUGGCUAUAAGUUUAGAAAUAAAGAUACAUUGUGAGAAAAAAUGUUGAAUCUUGCUGUUUUUUAUGGCUUAUUUUUUGCACUUACACCUUAAGUAAGUACACACCAGAGUGUCUUUGGGUUUUUAUUUUUUAGCUAUGUUCCUGUCAGCAUUGAGACACAUUGUGUCAUUUCUGUUGGUGCUUGGCUUUUGCUACUACAGAUACUUUUGUAAAUAAUAGUUUUUUAAAAAAAAGUUUCAAAACCAUACUAUUUGUACUAAAAUUGAUAGUCUUCCUUUGUGCAUUUGUCUAAAUGAUAUUUCCUUUCUAGACUGUGUAUAUAGGUUACAAACUUCAUUAGUGGCUAUGCCAUCUACUAAUGUUUUAUCACUGAAGAUGUGGUUUACAUUGACUGUUCUAUGUAUUCUUUGCCAAUAUCAGUGUCCCCAUACUUUCAUAUUGUGUCAUUCUGCAUUUCAUUGUGUCCAAUCCAGUAUGUUAUCUGUACAAUAAAAGAAAACACUUCCAAAGUCUUGUAA